AUGGAGGAUCAGCUGUCCUUAUUAUUAUUUGUGAAUGCAUCGGACAUUGAAGAUGAGAGAGAAGUUCCAAAAGAUGAGGAAGAUAUACCAAAGGAGCUGUCAGGGCCAGGAUUUGGAUGGACAUCGCCUCCUCUAAGAAGUAGGACUGCAAGCCAGCACACAAGUUCGAACAUGUUCAUUAGUUUAAGACCUUUAGUUCUCAUAGUGAGAUUAGACAAUUUUCGUUGUCCUGCUGAAAGAUGUCGAUCAGAAACACCUGGAAAAUGGGUAUGUGCGAAAGAUGGAACAAAUACGUACUUAAACGCGCUUGGGAAGAUAAAGUGUGAUGGUGGUUGUGAAGCGGACAUCUGCAAAUGGGGAUGGAAAUGCGGGAGCAGUUUCCACAAUGGCGAGUACAUCAAAGCGGACUUCGAAGGGUUUGUUUUCGCCAUGUCCCAAGCAAUGCAACUGUCACAACUUGCGCAUGUAAAGUGGAUAACAGCUUUGAUGCUGGAAUUGGAUAAGCAAUACAAUCCACAGGAUUAUGACUCCUCAGAGCUGUGUUAAAAGGUAUAAUUUUUAUUUUAAAUAGUAGCGUUGACAGUUUUUCAUAAUUGCUUCUUUAUAAAUCAUUGUAUACGAAAAUACACAAUCAGACGUAAGU